UGAAAACACUCUGGCGCUGCUUCGGUGGUAGCACCACACAUGCUGUACAGUCCCGAGAAGAUGAAUGCCAAGCCGACUAGUAAUGGUGUUGUUAAGGUGGUGGAAGCGAAGCCUAUCCAGGUGGGCAUGGUGGUCAAUGUGAUUGUCCUGCUGGUCUUGCUGGCUCUCCUGCUCAGCUGUGUCAACUGGUAACGUCAUGUCCUCCACCCCCACAGACUUCAAACUUUACAGAUACCCCUGAUGUAGCUGAGGACUUGACGGUAAUAGUAACGAUGGGCUAGACGAUGACCAUGCUCUUCUACUCUACUAACAGAGGUGUACAUAUUGCUUCUUUGAGCUUGACUGGUCUGAAUGGCUGUGGUGUGAGUUGCUCCCCCUAGCUAUCUUUACCUCCCCUCCUGCCACCACAUGAUGGCACUACAAGCAAGAAUGUCCAUGAGGCGGCGGAUCCGGCGGGAAGCGAUCUGCGCAGCCUGUGGACAGUUCCACGAGCCGGGUGGCACCCACCUGUAUGAUUACCACACGGCCGUGGACGAGGACCUGAUGUGUCAGAUCUGUCUACAACCCCUGGUCAACCCCAUAGACACCAAGUGUGGGCACACCUUCUGCUCCCGCUGCCUGCGCAACUACCUCAAGGUGCAGCCAAUGUGUACCAUCGAUAAGUCUGUGAUCAACCUGAAGGACUGCCAACAGUCUAGUAUACUCGUCAGAAGAUUGUUGGACAAGUUACUGGUGGUUUGCCCUAAUGUAGAUUAUUGUGAAGAGGUAUUGCCUAGGUCAGAGCUCGAGGCACAUCUCUUACAGAGGUGCCGUGGAGCUGUGACGAGGUGCAUCAAGGCAGGGUUAGGUUGUACAUUUCGUGGUCCAAGGAGUGCCCUGCAGAGUCACCUGUGGGAAUGUCCUUACCGGGACUGUGAAGCUGAUAAGAACCCAGUAGUAGACGGAGAAGUGUCCACAAUCGAAAUCAAGAGAACCUGUCCAGACCUGGGCAUGAGUAUAGUGGGUGGAGUAGACACACCUCUGCCAUGUAUUGUAAUACAAGAAGUCUUCCCUGAUGGUGUGGUGGCCAAAGAUGGCCGACUUUUACAAGGUGAUCAAAUCCUAGAGGUAAAUGGUGAGGAUUUGACCCAGGUAACUCACACCCAAGCUCAGCAGGCCUUGGUUCAGUUCUCUCCUGUGUUCAGGGUGACCGUGUACAGAGAAAAAGCUGAAGAGAGUAAACCCAUAGAGAAAGAAGAAAUAUUGAAGUGUACGUUAAGCAAAAGCAGAGGGAAGCAGUUAGGCAUAAAGUUGGUUGGAAAGAGAAAUGGUCCUGGACUCUUUAUAUUAAAUUUGGUACCCAGCGGGCAAGCUUCAAUAGAUGGAAGGCUCAAACCUGAUGACCGAGUGUUAGAAAUUAAUGGUCAAGACUUAAGCUAUGGCUCACAGGAACAAGCGGCCCGUAUAAUCCAGUCCAGCGUAGACAAAGUACAGUUUGUGAUAUCCCGGAGAAGUCGUCCGCAAACCCCUGACCUCAUUCGCUCCAGUUCUACAGCUCAAGAUGUUGUCUCAGAAAGCGGCUCUAGUGACUCUGACGUGACCAAGGUUGUCCUCUGUAAGAAAUGUACUGAGAGAUUCAUUACUGUUACAAAGGCACCUUUGGAGACCUUGGGGAUUGGGGUAGCUGGUGGGUUGAGGAGCCCUCGCGGGGACACCCCUAUCUACAUCACGAAUAUUAACCCUACAGGCUGCCUGGGGAGAACAAGACAAGUAAAGAAAGGUGACAUUUUGCUCUCUAUCAAUGGGACUAGUUUAUUCGGGUUGUCUCAUGCAGAGGCUGUUAAAAUACUCAAAUGCAAUGCUGAAGCCAAAUCCAUCACACUGAGGAUAAUGGAGGGGCCAGAGACAUGUGAGGGCCCAGAGAACUUCACCCCCUCCUGGCUCUACUGGCUACAACUCCCUGAAGUGUACCAGUCUCUCAAGGUGAUAACCCUACUGCGGAGCCCCAUAGGCAGCCUGGGGUUCUCAGUGGUGGGCGGCUGUGAUAGCAGUCAGGGAAAUGUGCCCAUCUAUGUGAAAUCUGUUGUCUUAGAUACCCCUGCAUCCAAGGACGGUCGUCUCAGAUGUGGCGACAUGCUAGUCACAGUAAAUGACCACUGCCUGCAGAAUAUUACCCACUCCAAGGCUGUCAACAUCCUUAAACAAGUGGAGGGGAAUGUGACCCUCACCAUCGUGUCUUGGCCCGGCACUGUUGUGUAACUGCAACCUUGUAUCUACCUCUCUAGUGUAAGAGGGGCAAAUAGUCUCUACCUCUUUUGUCUUGGAGGUAAACAAAGCUUACCCCAUACCUCUUCAGUUGUGAAGGACAACAAAGCGCAACAAUCCACAGUUGCCAUAAUACACAGUUCUACUUUCUGAUUCUUGUUCUCACUGUAUUCCUCACAAAUGGAGCAAUGGAAUAUUUUUGACUGCAAGGUGACAAGUAAUCAGUAUUUGGUGGGAAAGCAAAAGUAACAGAACUGUUGCACCUCACCCCCACAUAAAAUGGUUCACAAACAGAAUGGGUUGAUUGUAUACGAUAACUUCUGCCUUAUUUUGACUCUACAUGUUUGUGAAAUCUGUGUGGUUCCUGAAAAACAGACGCUCAAUGGCCGACACUCGAGUUCAUUUGUCCCCCGGCUUUUUAUGUGACCUUAGUUUCAGCAGUCCAUCAUGUAACAAGAAGUUGAGAAAUUAUCAUUUUUGCCUUGAAAGCUGGUAUAAGGAGCACCAGUGCAGGAUAUAGUAAUCCAGACUUCCAUGGUGCUUGAGAGAGAGAGAUCUUUAGCUGUGGUAUUUAUAACAGCCUGUAUGCAUACAUAUGUGACUAUAUUUUACUUCAAAGCUUUACAAAUAUAUCCGGUUAUAUACAUGCCUGUGUACUGGAGCAUUUAGCUCAGCAUUGAGCUAUACGAAUAUGGUCUCUCUCCACUAUGGACAAAAGCUGCCAAAAUCAUAAAAGCUACGCCUGUAAAACUGUGAACAUGUUACAGUCUGCACUCCUGUAGGACCUCAGCUCAGACUAUAUCAUCAGGUGAAACUAGUUAAAACAGGGGUGUUUUUUUGCUACUAUUAGGUUAUUUAUUAUGUUUAUUCUGAAUUUGGAAUUCAGUUCCAGCUUAGUUCAUAAGUGAGUGCUUAUGCUGGUAUACAUGCAAUAUACGUGGUGGCAUUGUGCUAAGUUUUGAAUUAUAGGUGUACAGCUGCAUUGUGAAGUAAAUGUGUACAGAACUCUGUGAAUUAGUUGAAAAUGGACAAAUGGUCCAUGAAAUUCAGUGGCAUAUGUGUGUCUCCUAAUACAUGUAUUAAAAGUCCUCAUUCUGUGAUAGACAUACGAAUGCCAUAUGAAGGUACGUGUGGUUUUAGACAGUUUUGUACGACAGUAUUUCCAAUGAUCAUGUAGUUAUUAACAAGUCUAUAGUUAAGUGUCUUUUUAUAUCAUCACGUUUCUUGUUGAUCUCUAAAAGUAUUUCUAUAUAUUUUUUAUUGUGUAGUUAAUUCUUGGCAAGUCGUUUGACUGUAUUUCAAGAGACUCUAAUCGUGGAAAAACCUAGUCCUGAUUGUUUUUACCUGUAUUAUGAUGUGUGAAAUCUCCGAAGUGUGUAAUAAGUGUUUAGCCAAUCAGGAAUUACAUAUUAAAAAGAACUCUGUAGCUAAAAAUAAGUGUCUGGAUUAAGACAAGACAUGGUAUUUUGUGAGUGAUUGUGGCAGUAACAUCUGGGCAUGUAGUUUUCGGGGCUGAAUUGCAGUUUUCUCCUUCAAAUGCUAGUUGAAUAUUAUCACUAUUGUAGUGCUGAAUAUAUUAUAUCAAAAAAUAAAUAAUAGUUUUUCAAGCAGCCAUAUUUGUUUGUUAGCAGCAGGUCCAUUGGCUUUAUAAGAGACACAAUCAGGUGAUGCCAUACUGAUGUUUUUAGUUCAUUUAUGUGCUUUUUUAAUCAUUAGGAAAGUGCACAAAAGACUGAAAAUGUUAGACUCUUGGUGACCAUGGUGAAGGGUGGAUGUACGUGUAUGGUGUUUGAAUCUUCUGCUGUUUGCCUAAUGGGCAGAGUGCUCUCCCCUUACUGGUAACUCAAGCUUUCUGUGGGUGUGUGCCAGCUGUAUGGGAUAGCGUGUACAUGUAGAAGUCCCCAGUAGAUUUUAAUGUGGUGUUGUGAAGCGGAUACUUAACUGGAUGUCCAGUGCUUACUGCCUUUACUGAUUUAUAUACAAGCCUUUCAGCACCAAAGAUUUGCUACGCAUUUUUGAUACUACUUUAUGGGCCCGCUACUAUUUUCCAUGCUUGUAGCCCAGUUUGCAGCUUGUAUCUGUACAUAGUUUUGUAUAGAUCAUUCCAUGUCGUCAGUAAUGCGCCAAACUGUACAGGUGUACCGUGAUCAUAGUCAUGGACUGAAAGCUCAAUUUUAAAUAAAGAUGAGCAAGGAAGUAUUUUGUUGUUUUUUCCU